AUGGGCUGGCUGCUUCGGGCCGCCGGGCUGCCGCCGCUGUUGCCACCGCUGCUGCUGCUGCUGGCUGGGGGAGCGUCCCUGGGCACGUGUGCAGCUGGGUCCGAUGAGCCUGGCCCAGAGGGCCUCACCUCCACCUCCUUGCUGGACCUCCUGCCACCCACGGGCCUGGAGCCACUGGACUCAGAGGAGCCCAGUGAAGCCAUGGGAUUGGGAGCUGGCCUGGGAGCCCCUGGCUCGGGUUUUCCCAGUGAAGAGAGUGAAGAGUCGCGCAUUCUGCAGCCACCACAGUACUUCUGGGAAGAGGAGGAGGAGCUGAAUGACUCCAGUCUGGACCUGGGACCCACUGCAGACUACGUCUUUCCAGACUUGACUGAGAAGGCGGGUCCAAUAGAAGACACCAGCCAGGGUCAAGAAGUGCCGAGUCUGCCCUCCCCCUUGCCCAAGAUGAACCUGGUGGAGCCACCGUGGCAUAUGGCUCCUGGCGAGGAGGAAGAGGAAGAGGAGGAAGAGGAGGAGGAGGAGAGGGAAAAGGAGGAGGUAGAGAAGGAAGAGGAAGAGGAAGAAGAGGAGCUGCUGCCUGUGAACGGAUCCCAAGAAGAAGCACAAACUCAGGUCCACAGCUUUUCUCCCACCAGCAGCAGCCAGAUGCCUGGGGCUGCCAAACACAGGCAUGAAGAAUCUGGGGACCAGGCCUCCUCAGAUGUGGAGGUGGGGAGCAGCAUGGAGCCCAGCCUGUCACCACCUGCAGUCACCCCAAGUACAGUGACCCUGGGGGGUCAGGACUUCAUCAGCCAGGAGGCAGGGGGCGCAAUGCUGCAAGUCACAGGGCAUGGGGUAGAGUUUGAGGCCCCUCAGGAAGUAAGCGAGGAGGCCACUGUGGGAGCAGUGGGGCUGGCUGGCAAGCAAGGGGAGGUGCCGUCCUUGGCGUCAUUCCCUCAAACAGAAGCUCCCAGUGGGGCUGAGAGCCCAGAUGAAGACCCCCUUUACCUUGGAGUCUCAGCCUCUUUCCCCCUGGCCCCCCGAGAUGUGGAGCUGACACCUUCCUCUGCUACCUUGGGGCGAGAAGACCUGAGCCAGCAGCCCCAGGAAGGACAGGCUGCCGAAGCCCAGUCCAGAAUACCCUGGGAUUCUACUCAGGUGAUCUGCAAAGACUGGAGCAAUCUGGCCGGGAAGAACUACAUCAUUCUGAACAUGACGGAGAAUGUAGACUGUGAGGUGUUCCGGCAGCACCGAGGGCUGCAGCUUCUGGCCCUGGUGGAGGAGGUGCUGCCCCGCCAUGGCAGUGGCCAUCAUGGGGACUGGCACAUCUCCCUGAGCAAGCCCAGCGAGAAGGAGCAGCACCUUCUAAUGACCUUGGUGGGCGAGCAGGGGGUGGUGCCCACUCAAGAUGUCCUUUCCAUGCUGGGUGACAUCCGAAGGAAUCUGGUGGAGAUUGGCAUCCAGAACUACUCCACUACAAGCAGCUGCCAGGCACGGGCCAGCCAGGUGCGCAGCGACUAUGGGACGCUCUUUGUGGUGCUGGUGGUCAUCGGGGCCAUCUGUGUCAUCAUCAUCGUGCUGGGCCUGCUCUAUAACUGCUGGCAGCGCCGGCUGCCCAAGCUCAAACACGUGUCACACGGCGAGGAGCUGCGCUUCGUAGAGAACGGCUGCCACGACAACCCCACGCUGGACGUGGCCAGCGACAGCCAGUCGGAGAUGCAGGAGAAGCAGCCCAGCUUGAACGGCGGCGGGGCUGUCAACGGCCCGGGGGGCUGGAGCGCGCUCAUGGGGGGCAAGCGGGACCCCGAGGACUCGGACGUGUUCGAGGAGGACACGCACCUGUGAGGGCGCCCGCCCGCCGGCAGCUCUGGUCCGCUGUGACCCCGCGACCGUGCCCUCGCCCCGUUGGGGCUGCGCCGGGACGAGCGGGGCGGACCCGGAGCGGACAGCCGCGCCUCCCCUCCCCUCCCGGCCCCGGCCGCUGUCCCGCAGCCCGGCCCUCGCUGCGGGGUCUUCCCGCUUCCCACCGACUCACGGAACAGUCUCGGCACAGCCCUCCCCAUUUCCACCUGACGCCCCGAGGGGCUUGUCCCGGAACUGCCCCGCUUCCCCGGCCGCGCCCCGGGACCCCCAUUAAAGCCGCCCGGAGAC